GGGCACAGGUGGGUGGCACUGGUGGGCACAGGUGGGUGGCACUGGUGGGCACAGGUAGGUGGCACUGCAGAGUGGCACAGGUGGGUGCACUGCUGGGCACAGGUGGGGGCACUGCUGCGCACAGGUGGGGGCACUGCUGGGAACGGGUGGGCGGGUCUAGUGGGCGCACUGCUGGGCGGAACUUGCGGGUGUCACUGCUGGGCACCGAUCAUCAGGGCACUGAUCAUCAGUGCCCUGAUGAUCGGUGCCGAUCCCCGCUCUGACAACUGCCGGUUCUCGGCAGUACUUUCCUCACGAUCUGACAGCGUGAGGAAAGUGCAGCCGAGAACCGGCACUUGC